UGACCCGGAUCCGAUCCGGAAUCGAAACAGUUUUGUCUCAAGGAAACCCUCACCAUCUCGCUCAUAACCUACCAUCCAACGAUUUGAUUCCAUCUGCGACUCCACUUUCUUCCUCAAAGGAUUUAGCAAAUAUAGCGAGGUAACAAGCAUCAAUAGCAAACCAUGCCAGGCCAAAAGAUUGAAACAGGUCACUCAGACAUCAUCCAUGACGUCAGCAUGGAUUAUUACGGAAAACGCGUGGCAUCUGCCUCCUCCGAUGCCACUAUCAAGAUAAACAGUUUAACAUCAGUGCCCCUCGCUACUUUGACCGGUCAUAACGGGCCUGUUUGGCAGGUUACAUGGGCUCACCCCAAGUUCGGCUCACUUCUCGCAUCAUGUUCAUACGAUGGCACUGUCAUAAUCUGGAAAGAAGACAAUCUAAACACUUGGACACCUGCUCACACCUUCAAUGACCACAAGUCAUCUGUUAACUCAAUCGCGUGGGCCCCACACGAGCUCGGCCUUUGCUUGGCUUGCGGGUCGUCUGACGGGAACAUCUCCGUCUACACUGCCAGGUCAGAUGGUGGGUGGGACACUACAAAGAUCGAGCAAGCUCAUCCGGUUGGUGUAACCUCUGUCACGUGGGCCCCUUCGAUGGAGCCCGGUUCGUUAAUUGGGUCAGGCGAGUUUGAACCUGUUCAGAAACUGGCUUCUGGUGGGAAUGACAACACUGUGAAGAUUUGGAAGUUUGCUAACGGAGUUUGGAAAAUGGACUGUGUGUCGGCUCUUAAAAUGCACACGGAUUUGGUUCGGGAUGUGGCUUGGGCCCCCAAUUUGGGCCUUCCAAAGUCUACGAUCGCAAGUGGGUCGCAAGAUGGUCGGGUUGUUAUAUGGACUAUGGCUAAGGAAGGGGAGGAGUGGAAGGGUAAGGUGUUAAAUGACUUUAACGCCCCUGUUUGGAGGGUCUCGUGGUCGCUUACUGGGAAUUUGCUGGCUGUUGCCUCUGGGGACAAUAAUGUCACUUUAUGGAAAGAAGCUGUUGAUGGAGAAUGGCAACAAGUGACAACUGUUGAGUAGUUUGUUAUUGGUGGUGUUUUGGUUUGUGUUUACUUGUUUAACAAACGUUAGAAGGGUCAAACAUGAUGGUCAUAUGUUCUAUGUUUGGUUAUUAAGAUUUUGAAUGUUUCUGGACUAUUUUAUAUUAUUUCUUUAAGAACAGAUUGAUGAGAAAAUGUGUUGUUAAGUAUCUAAUUCCAAAUGUAAUCUGUAA